AUGAAGCGGGAGGAUUUGGUAACUACUUUUCUUGUUGCAAGCAAGACCCUAGUUGAGAGAGAUGAUUCAUCGGACACCGAAGGGACUGGUAUGCCCAGCUUGAGCUCCUCCACUGAAUCAUAUACUACCCCUUCCGUUUCAGUGCCACCAAACAACAACAAUCCGUUCAUCAUAAGACAGCACAACCCAUCAGGUACAGUUUUUAUUGCUGUUGGGGCUAUAGUUGGAGCAAUACUUCUUGGUUUCAUCUUGUAUCAUUUGAUUGUGUCCUUGACGGCCUCAAGAUUGGCCAAAAAGACAAGAAGGAGUGACAGAAUUUUGUAUGAAAAGUACGAGAGCAAUAACAAUAACGCCUAUGGAUACUCAAGUAUGACUCCAACGUCCACACUCAAUAAUUUUGAAUACAAAAGUCAUCAUCAUGGAUCAUCUAUAUCGAAACUACCGUUAUUGAAUAGAUCGUUUGGAAAUUUACCUGGUGCUGGUUCCAACUCUGGAGAUAACUCUACAAUUUAUCAAUCUGAUGUUGCUGCUCCAGCUAUGAAACACGACUUGACCAAGAUGUUCAUAUCGCCAACUGCGGAAGUCAUGCAGCACAAAAAGUCCAAGUCCUUCAAUGCAUCAAUGUCAAAUUUACCAUUUGGUGGUUCUGUUUCAAAUUUAGCAAGUCCAUCCCCUGCUACUAAUAGGAACUCUCAAUUGGUGCCAAGCUUGUAUGUGAACAACGAACUCAACAAUAGCGAAUAUUCGAUAGCUCAACACAAUCCGUCACUACAACAAUCAGUGCACGAAGAUCAAAACACACCUCAACGCAACGAAAACCAGCGAUACAAUUCCAAGACACAAGCCCCAAGAAAGACGAUUCCAUCGAUGUAUCUUGAGGAUUUGAUUGAUUAA